AUUAUUAUCAAGCACAUUAUUCCAUCAAUCGGCACCUAAAUCAUGCAUAUUAUCAUUUUCAAUAAGCAUAGACCUUGAAACCACCAUCCAAACAGUUCAGUCACGUAAUUCACGCAGAUCAAUCACGAUAAUAACUAUGAACGGAAUUUCAAACAUAUAUGCAUAUUCUAGUGUUAGAUGUCCACGUACUCACCUUGAUUUGUCGAUUCGAUUCGAAGGUCGUUCGGGUUUCACCGUCAACCUCCUUGAAACACUUAACGCCAUCCGAGCAUACCCGUUGCUGCCCAAGCCUGCCCGAACCCAACCGGUAGUCGCUGGAGAUCGUUUGUCGGAGCAGAGGGCUGCCCCGCCGCUGACCCACCAUCGCCGGAAGCUGACAGAACAGCGGGGAUCACCGGAGCCGUCACCCACGCCACCUGCUGCCGCUGCACAAUUGCCGGAAGUCACCGCUCGUUCCCCCGCUGCCGGAUUGCUCCUCGCCGUCUAGAGGAGGUCGGCAAGUUGCAAGGUCUCGCUGCGAACGCUGGAAAUCGAGAGGGAGCCACUAGGGAAUCGGGUCGGGUCUGCUCAUCGCCGAGUCCUUGAGCCACUGGGUCGCAGGAUGUGGUCUCCGGGGGUUCCGGUUCGUCGCCUCACCGUCAUGCUGCUGCUCGCCGAAGAAGAAGAAGAUGGGGUUGUGGCGGUGGCGUGCGUCGAUCGAAGGAAAAGGGUUGGGAAGCGGCAAUCGAAUUAAGAGAUGCGUGAAAUAAGCCUAGGUUUUGUAC